CCCUGCUCCGCCGGUGCCUCUCCCGUGUCCCCGCCGCCUGCGGGACCCUCGCUGCCAUCGGCGCCAUCGAGGCUGAAGCCGCUCCGGGAGCCAGAACUGCCCCCGGCCCCACAUGGACCUCCCGGCGGAGGAUGGGGCUGAGGAGCCCCAGGAGGGGAGCCCCGAGGCUGAGGUGCCCGAGGGGCCGCAGCGCCCGGCGGGGCAGUGGUCGGGGCCCGAGGCGGGCUCGUGGCUGGCGGCGCACGGCGGGGCCGCGGGGCUGGCUCGGGAGCACGGCCUGACGGGCCGGGCGCUGCUGCGCCUGAGCGAGAGCUCGCUGCGGCGCAUGGGGGUCACCCCGCGGAGCCGGCGCCGGGAGCUGCUGCGGGAGCUGCUGCGGCUGCGGCUGCAGCAGGAGAUGCAGGAGCUGCGGAGCAUCGCUGGCGAGUGA